UCAUACUAUCAGCUGUUGCUGAAAACGUUUUUAUUAUUACUAUUUGCGAAUUUAUAAAAUGAAUACAAUUCGACCCUGCGGAUGCAAAGGCGUGCGAACCUGCCUGAGCUGUGAGGCGGAUUUCCAGAUAGCCAAGCCCUCGCUCCAGGAGGAGUUCCAGCAACUAGAAUCCUGGUCGUACUGCGUCCAAUGCGAACUUUUGCAGCCGGGAUGGGACACGGUAAGGGUUCAGGAAAUGCACGAGAAGCACAAAAAGGAGGAGGGCCUUCCCCUGCCAGGAAUCCUAGUGCAGGAGCAAUUUCUUAGCGCCCAAGAGGGCGCUCAGCUCAUGGCCGACCUCGACGCGUUACCCUGGGAUAUUUCGCAGAGCGGGCGGCGCAAGCAGAACUUUGGACCCAAAACGAACUUCAAGAAGCGUAAACUGCGUUUGGGCUCCUUCGCGGGAUUCCCCCGCAGCACGGAGUAUGUGCAGCGGCGAUUCGAGGAGGUGCCUUUAUUGCAGCGCUUCCAGACCAUCGAACAGUGCUCCCUGGAGUAUGAUCCCAGUAAGGGAGCGAGCAUAGAUCCGCACGUGGAUGACUGCUGGAUCUGGGGCGAGCGAGUGGUUACAGUCAAUUGCCUCGGCGAUGCCGUUCUCACCCUCACGCCCUAUGAAGUUCAGCAGACGGGCAAGUACAACCUGGACUUGGUGCCUCAAUACGAAGACGAGCUGCGAGCGCCACUACUCGAGGAGGAGCAGUUGGUUAGGUACCAGGGAAAAGUUCUGCGGAUACCCAUGCCCAACCUUUCCCUAAUUGUUUUGUACGGCCCAGCGAGGUAUCAAUUUGAGCAUUCCGUGCUUCGCGAGGACGUACAGGAGCGUCGCGUCUGCAUAGCCUACAGAGAGUUCACUCCCAUGUACAUCACUGGAGAGGACCAGCAGAAGGGUGAUCCUGUGCGCGACAAGUCUAAACUAUUUUGGGAAAUAAAAACUAUCAUCUAAAUUAA